UGGGGCAAUAUCCACACACUGCUGCAGUCGAAAGAUACUGCAAAUUACUGUGAUAAGUCAUUUUUUGUAUCUGUUGGUAAUGAAAUUCUUAAGGAUACACCCCCUUUCUCCAAGAUAAGGCCUCCCUGGAAACUCUUGACCAUCAUUUGGAAGCAAGUUUAAUCGUGCGGACUUGCCCAGAGUCCUGGCACUGUGUGAAGAAGGCACGAUCCACUGACUAUUCUGCACACCUUUUCGCCUUUCUCAACAAAAGGUCUGGUGCUCAACUGGGAGCCGCAGCCAGUUACGGGCAGCUGUCUGGCAGGGCACGUGCAUGACGACAUGCGUGUUCGAGGCAUCCAUUUAGGGCCCUCGGUGUAGCGAGUGUGCCGGGAGGCUUGCCAAGGUCUCUCUCCUUCCCCCUAGCUACACCUCGUCGCCCUUCAACCGACUGGUCGGGAUGGCGAAAGAUGGAGGCAAGUCAAAACGUUAUCAGGCGCCGCUCGUCGCGCGGAAGAGACUAAUCAGAAAGCGACGCCCCCCCCCCGCCUGCUCUCGAGGGGCGAGGCGGACCGCUCUCUUUGGCCCCGCCCAGCCGGCCUCGUUCCGGCCUACCUGUUUCCUCCCCCAGCCCCAUGGGGGAAAGAGGCGGGAGGGAACGGGGAGAGAUGACGGGCCUGGUCCAAACAAGGGAGGCUGCGCGCAGUGUGUGUGUGAGGGAGAUGGGAGCCGCCUCUAGUCCCCCUCCCCCUCCGUUCCUCCCGCCCUUGUGAGGCAGACCAAGCCCCUCCCCCGCCUUCAGUUAGAAAAAGGGAGGGGGGGUUGCGAAGGGAAGAACUCGAGGGAAUUUUUCAAAAAAUAACGGCGUCUGGAAGCAGGGGAGGGAGGGUUGCCGAGCGCGCGAACGAGGCUUCUCGCGCCGGAGCUCCGAAAGCUGACGGGGGGGGGCGCGUUUGGAGGGAGGGGCACCCAUGGCGCCCGAGGAAGAACCCGAGCAGGCAGAAGACCGCUCUGGCUCCAGCCCUCCUCGGGCCGUUCGAAGUCCUGCGUUGGCUAUGGCUCACCCUUCUCUGAGCGACAGCUCCCGUUCGGCUCUCUACCGCUCGGCGGCCAUUUCCAGUCACGGCGAAGGAAAAGAAAUGGGGGGCGGCGGGGGAGAAAGACAGAGAGGAAGGAAGAACCAUAGAGAGAGAAAACCACUUUCUGCGACGUUAGAAUAGCACGAUGGCAUCACUUCCGCUCGGAGAAAGGGCGGAGAGGAAAUAUGACCUCUUUACCUUGGCGGCCCCAGCUACCCGUAUGAAAGAUGGCGGUUAAGAAGCGGCUGAGGCGGCGUGAGCGACGCUAGCUGCCCUGGCAGGAAGUCUUCGGCGUCACGUGAUCUUUCCUUGCGUUGGAAGGACGCAGGGAGAGGGAAAAGCCUAUGUUGCUGAGGCGCAUGCGCCUGUCGCGCUUUUUUUUUUUCUUGUUAGUUACCGUCUGCGCAACAAAUCACGGGUAAAAAAUAGGGUUGAUUGCUCGAGUCUUCAGAGUUUUGCUAUAGCUGCGGGAUUACACCAUAGUUUUGGGGAAAACAUAAGGGCAGAUAAUUUCGGGUUCUCAUUAUGUUGCUCAUUUAGGAAAAUGUUCGUGCAUAGGGUUAGCAGGGAAAUUGUGUAACUGCCUUAAAACCAGCCAUUGAGCUGCGUUCCUUGGUCCAAAUCCGGGAUACUGUACAGCCUCCUACUUUGCACUUCUCUUUUUAGCUUAUUGUGCCCUUCCUGGGGAAAAGUAUAGAACGCCAUUUUUCAGUCUUUUGAGUCCGUUGCUGCAAAAAGAAUGAAUAGUUCUGUGGCAUCUUAAAACAAAUUCAUGCUACAGUUAAUUUGUUACCCUGUAAGGUGCCAACCUAGCAGUUUGAAAGCACGUCAAAGUGCAAGUAGAUAAAUAGGCACCGCUCCGGCGGGAAGGUAAACUGUGUUUCCGUGCACUGCUCUGGUUCGCCAGAAGCAGCUUCGUCAUGCUGGCCACAUGACCCGGAAGCUGUACAUAGGCUCCCUCAGCCAAUAAAGCGAGAUGAGCGCCGCAACCCCAGAGUCGGCCACGACUGGACCUAAUGGUCAGGGGUCCCUUUACCUUUAAGGUGCCACAAGACUCUUCUUAUUGUUUUAGAACAGCGUUGUAGCAUCACAACAUCCAUUUAAUGUAGGUUGGACUGAGAGACAGCAACUUGUUCCUUGCCAUCCAGUGAUCUUCUGUACCUUUCGGGCCAACACUGAGCCACUACACACACAUUUCCCGGCCAUCAUCAGUUCCAUCCCCAUCAAUCCCAACCAUCAUUACUUAGCAUUUCGAUUUCAUAGUACCAUGUUUUAAAACUGGCUAACUGACCCUAUCCGUUUUCAAAUGGAGUGUCCUGGGGAAAUGAUCCACCGUUAUUAAAACCUAGACCUGUCCAUUCAUCAAAAUGAAAGAUGCUCCCAACCUCUCAAUUCCUUCCCACUCAAGGUUAUGGUGUUUGCCUAGCUGGCAUGGUUUUGCCAUAUAUGAGCACUUAAGUCCACAAAGUGACUUGGGACUUUAGAGUAUCCCUGAUUCAACAUGAGACACCUUAUUAACAGCACAAUCUGACCUGGGCACAUACAAACUGUCCAAAUCCCUCAUUUCACAUUGUCAUUUGGGCUUCACAGAGAGCCAAAGCACACCUCUUGUAAAUACCUUAUAAGCAACAAUUUACAAAAGAAAUAAAGAAGCUUCUGUCAUCUAUCACUUGUACAUUGUGGGUCUUUACAAAAUUGAAUAGGUAGGGAAAGAAGCCAUAUUGUAUACUUUGUGACUCUAAGGACAGAACAUAUCAAUAGGUGGCACUCUUCACUCAUGCUGCUAUCAUUAUAUAUCACUUAGUAAUAGUAUAAGUAUAAGCAAUUUAGGUUAGUAUAGUGUAUAGUAUAGUAUAGUAUAGUAUAGUAUAGUAUAGUAUAGUAUAGUAUAGUAUGUUUUUUUUCUGGGGGGUUGCAGGGGUCCCCUAAACAUUUUUUGAACCUUUGUCCAUUUGUCCAUUUACUGUAUUUAUUUUUCCCAUUUUGAAGUAUAAAAUGGUGAUUUUUCUUGAGUCAAAAUGAUAGUACUCCUAAACAUUGUUUUAGAAAAAAGCAAUAAGUAUAGUAUAGUACAGUAUAGUAUUAUUAUUAUUAUUAUUAUUAUUAUUUACUAAUACUAGUAUAAGUUUUAAAACAAAUGCAUAGAAUAAAAAUGGAAGUAGAGGGAAUAUACAGCUGGGAUUAGGGAUGGGAGACUUGACAGCUGGGGCAGGAUAGUUAACACUAGGCAGAACCAGGGCUCACAGUGUCCCCACUCUUUGUACUGGUUCCAUUCCUGUGAUCCAGCAGAUUAACAAGCAAACAUUUAUUAGGUCAAGUUAUUCAGGGCACAGCUAUACCCAUAUGUAUACUCAGAAGUAAGUCCCACUGUGAUCCAGUGGACUUACUCCUAAAUGUAUCAGAUGACCAUCUUCAUUGGCUUAUGUUUUGCAUGUCAAGGUAGUGCUGACCUUAAAGGAAUAAAAUAAAGUUGGCUAUUCUGCUACCACUGUGUUGUCCAGAAAAGUGCUUCAGAUCAUACAUUUCCAGGGGAGAAGUAAUUGAAAGAAAGUAAAAUAAAGUAAUAAAUAGAGGCAUUCUUUCAAAUACUUUGGUCCCAAACAAUGAACAGCUUUAAAGGUAAUCAGCUCUUUGCAUUGGGCUCUGAAUUUGAGAGGGUGGAUAUGAUUAAGUGAGGGAAUGAGAGGAGGGGGUGGAGAUGGAGGGUGCUUUUUAUCAUUUUUCUAUUCCCUGCAAAUGUAACCAGCCCUAAUUUAAGGUUUUGAUGUGUAUGCAGCCCUGAGCAUCUCAUUGUCUAAAUGCUUGGCAGACGGCCUUUCCCAACCCAAGUUUUCGAUCAAGCACAUCCCUGCUUUCUAUGCUGGCAAUGGGUGUUGCCCAUAUGUGGAGCAGGACCUUCUCUGUGACAGCACCACAAUUGUGGAACUACCUCCCAUUGUUGAAAUGACCGCCCCCCUCAGUAUUGUCAAUUUGUUGCCAUUUGAAGGGCAUUUAUGCAUUCAGGCCUUUGGAAUAAAUUGAAUCUUUGCACCAUGUGGUAUUUAUAUUUAUUUUAUGUAGGAUUUUAUGUACUGAUUGUGAUAGCUCAGUCGGUAGAACAUGAGACUCUUAAUCUCAGGGCUGUGAGUUUGAGUCCAAUGUUUGGCAAAAGGUUCCUGCAUUGCACGGGGUUGGGCUAGAUGAUUCUUGUAGUUCCUUCCAACUCUACAAUUCUAAUAUUCUAUGAUUGGAGGCAGUGGCCAGGAAGUAAGGAUGAAAUUUGGCUUAAUAGAAGCCAGGACAGACUAAGAUAAGAAAAGAGGUGGUAAAGAAACAGCUAAGCUACUUUAAAUGAAUUCAAAUCUCCAGGGCCUGAUGAGCUGCAUCCAAGGCUACUAAAGGUAAGGAGCUAGUGGGUGUAAUCUCAAAGCCUCUGUCUAUAAUCUGAGAAUUCUUGGAGAACAGGUUAGGUUUAGGUCCCUGCAGACUGGAGGUGGGCAAAUGUUUCCUCCCCCGCCCCGCCCCCGGUAACUACAAACUGGUCAACUUGAUGUAGGUAGUAGGAAAAUGAUGCUGUGAUUACUAAGACCCAUUGUUUCCCCAUCAUCCUGGAAAAAAAGUAGCAAGUGUGGUGCUGCAGGGUUUUGCCUCUAGGAGUUGGCUCCUGUGGUGUCCUUAUAAGCAACUUGGAUGAAGGAAUUGAGGGUAUGCUCAUCAAAUUUGCAGAUGACAUCAGAGUGGGAGGGAUAGCAAACUAAAUAUUAAUGAUUGUGGAUGCAUUUGUGUAUUCUUCUGCUUUUGCCUACGUGAAGUAUUCAAAGCCAUUAUGGCCGGCCGGCCAACCAGACAGUACUAUUGUUUCUGUCUGGUAGAAACUGGAAUUUCUUGUUAGUUUAUUAUUAUUUUUUGUCUUUUCUGAUUGGCAGCUCAGUUGUAGAGGUGGAGCCCAGCAGGUAUGCUGCCCUCACCCAUGAUGUCACUCCACAAUAUGCAAGCAUACUUUUGUUUGUUAUCCCAGAGGCUGGUGCUGCUAGCCUUCCAAAACAGUUGACCUUAUUCUUGGCAUACAAAACAUGAUUUCUCUGCUACAGAACAGAGGUGGAUUCUGAAUGUACUGUUUUUGUUUGACCGCCUAAUUUUUCUCCUUCCUAAGAUACAGGAAAGGUGAUCACCACCGGCUGCAGCCUAAAGUUUUAAAAGUAUUUCUUAUGCUUCGCAAGAGAGAACAGCAGUUAGAUUUUGCUCAGCCAUGCUGCUUGGACACAGAAAGCAGCAGUAGCUUUCCCUCCCAACUUGUCGAGAUAAUUAUUUUUUGAGUUAUCUAGAUCGCAAUCUGCCAGUACAAGGGAACACAGGAGCAACAGUGGCAGUACAAACUCUCAGUCUGCAUUUCUGAUUUUCUGUUGGAUCUGAAAGUUAAUCAUGGGUCAGCUGUGUACAAAGUGUGUCCAGUUGCUUUGUGACUUGGCUCUCUCAGUAAAAACACUGUCUUCGGGUCUGGUGCAGGAUAUUCAGGAGUGCUUGGGUCAGAUCCAUGAGUGCCCCUGUCUGAAACGGAAAAACUUUAAAACAAAGCAGCUAUACAAGCCUGCCCUUCAGACCCAGGAAGAGGAGAUUGCUCAGGAGUUUCUGCAGCACAUUGAAAGAGGUGAGAAGUUUCUGUUAUGAAGGUGGGGCAGCCAAAGUUGGAGAGAUGUUUACUUGAGCUCGGUUGCUUUGUUUAAGUUCAGUGAUCGUAUAAAGUGAAUGACACAGAGCUGUUUAUGCUUCUGCUCUUAUAAGCAAUGAAGGGAGAAUGGGGGAACCAGUAUUUCACCAGCACCAAAUAUUCAGACAAAGCAGUGGAUCCCAGUUCCAGGCCGAUUGAUUAAAUUACUCUCAUUCAGCAUUUGAAAUCCCAGUUCUACAAAAGGCAUCAUAGCAAGGGGUAGACCUGUUAGCCUCUUGCAUAAAAGCAACAAGAAAUAUUGUGGCAUCUUAAAGGACUAACAAACACAUACUGUACUUUUGCUACAAGCACGAGCACUUUCCUAAGCCAACAUUGAAAUACUCUCGGUAAAAACCUAUUAGGUAUUAGAGGAUUGGAGUUGAAUUUAUUAUUUGAAAACAGAAAGACAUCAAAUGGAAUGCUGUCCACUUCUUCCAACUCUUAAGUGCUCCCAUCUUUUGUUUUCAUCCUUGAUAAUCAAGGAAAUAGCAUGGCUAAGCUGGUUUGCUAAAUACAGUAACAGAAAUCCAAGUUUGGAAUGUCCCAACUACUCUCACAAACUGGCAUAUAUAACAACUUUUUUUCUCACAUGAGGUUUGGACUGCAAAAAUUCAGCUCUAUCUAGUAUGCUAAUUUUAAAGAAGAGAAUAUUUCUACAUGGAAGUUUGUCUCUGUCGUGUUUUAUCUGUUGCUUUAAAUUCUGUGCAUUUGGACUCUUCAGGUAUUUAACUUCUUCUGACACAAUUCAGACUCUGUUAUUAUCACAUCUUUCUUAAGGUUUUGAAAUGUCACCACUUGGCAAGGUCUCCCUAGAGGCUCUGAGGACCUUGGCAUUUUCAGAGAACCCCGGCUUGCAAAAGUCUGCUGCUCUCUAUUACUUGAACAUAAAUCAUCAAAACUGUAAGAUCCAUUCCAUACUCUCUUUUUAAAAAAUUUGUAAGAAGCAAAAAAUCUGGAGAAGCAAAACAAUUUCUCCCAAACGUAGCUGAGUUGUGCCCAAGGCAGUCUUACUGGUUCCCUAGCAUGUGUGAAUUGGGUCUAGCCCCUUCUAAUGCAAGUUCUGUGGAUAUUUAUUUGGAGCCCAGAUAAUGUGGCACAACUUUUGUAGUUACUAGUCUCCCAUUUUAUUAUUUUAUAGAGGUGGGCGAGUGCUAGCUGGCUUUUUACUCAUAUGAGAGGUUGGCAGAAGAGGGUCUAGUAAAAAUAAGUAAUACAGGUUUAGUUUUCACGUGAGUUUGCACAGACAGCUGAAAGGAGGGCUACAAGGUAUUUUGAAAGGCAAAGUAGGCCAUCUAGGUGUUGCUCCAAAAGCAUCAAGUGUUUGAAGAUGUAAGGGACAAGUGUUCCAGAAGAGCUUUUUGCAAUCAGCAUUUCAUCUCAUUCUUGCAGUGAACAUCCAGCUGCCUCGAGAGCAUCUGGAAAUAUACUAUGCUUUGUUGAAGUCUAAUGACUUGGAGGUUCAGCAGAUUUCAUCGUCGUCCCUUGUGAAUUUCUUACUGGAGGGAAAUGGUGAGUAAAUGCCCAAGAUACCAUAUCCUGAAGUCUCCAUCAGCAUCAGCUGUGAUCUUAGGAACUACCACUGUCCAGUUGCCCUGGUAUUUUAUUUGAAGGGCAGGAUAUAAAUUCCUAUACUAAAAAGUGAUAAUCAGUAGGAUGGAUGUUUGCCCUGAUAAAAUGUGGGGUUUUUUUUGGGGGGGGGAGCAUUCAUUCAGAGGAUGGGUUUUGCUUACUUCUCGUACAAAAGGGGUGAGAAAUCAUUUACUCCGGUGUAAGAUGCACUAGUGAUAUUGUGCGCUGAUGGCAAUCCUUUUCUCUCUCCAGUAUAUAGCUGAAUUAAAGGCACUGUAAACAUAACAUUUACUCCUGCUUUUACUGACAAACAGUAACCAAGGAUCAUGUCGUCCAAAUGGAUCUAAUUGAGCCAAUUCUGGAAUUGCUUGAGUCUGAAGAUGCCACAGUCCAGUGUAAUUCCUGUGCCUGCAUAAUGACACUAGCUGUCACAGGUGAGGAGCAUGUCCAAAGCAUAGCGCAAUAAUCAGGUCCAGGGACAAUGUCACAUCCACACCUUGUGAUUGAGAGGUAAUGAUGUGCCUUAUCGUUAUAGAAAUUCUGAAUCAAGAAGAGCUGAAUUCCGUGAGCAGAGUGGAUUAUUCACAUUGGUAUGCUGUAACUAGUCGUGGUCAGUGUAGUGGGGCAGAGCUUGUGGAGGCACACUUCUGACACCAGUUUGACUGCAGCUUACCUGGAGGGCUCUGGGUGGUGACACGCUUGGUGCUUCACAGACACACAAGUGGAGCCAGUGCAGUACUCCAGGAUUGCCUAAGAACUGCCUAGUCACUGGCCCCAUACUGUGCAAUGAAUAUAAAGUUGGCCUUGGAGUCCUGGGUUCAAAUCUUAAUAAAUGAUGACGUGUACUUUCUAAAGUCAGGUUUUGCUUCAAGGUGACCCAUAGCAAUAAGCAUCUUCACAAAAACCUGAUGGUAAACUCUUAACAUUAUUCAUUCUGCCACUAGGCACCCAGGACCCCCAACUCAUAUGCUGCAACUGUUUUGUGCUGUCCACUCUCUGUUCUUUAAAGUGUGGCUGGAGGAGCAUGGAUACUUCUUCCUCCAAAGAAACCUCGUUGAUUUCUAUUUUGCCCUGUUGUUUUGCCAGAUGUCAGCCAUGAAGCCAUCGCAGCAGCAGGAGGCGUGGUACCCUUACUGGCCCUUUCUAAAUCCUACGAUCCAAGAGUCCAACAAAAUGCAGUUGGAGCAAUUUUCAAUCUCACACAAUCAGGUAUUAGGCUGCAGGGGAUUUAUUUCAAUGGGCCAAGUGCACUGACACAGAAAUUUGUGGCAAGGGAAACUUAUCGUCAAAGCUAUUGUUUUCUUUAAAAUGAAAUGUUUUACUUCAAGUACAAUGCUAAAUCAUGUCUACUCAGCGGGAAAGCCAGUUGAUUCCAAUUGGGCUUAUUCCCAGAAAAUGCUAUUUUUGGCUCUUAUCUAUGCAGUGAUGAUAAAGAGCAUGUUCAUUUGGUCAAAAUAGCUCAUUAGCAAUACCACUCUUCCCUUGCAGAACGGAUUCAGCAAAUUUUGUUUCGACAAGGUGCUCUUCCAGUCCUCACCCUUUUGUUACAGUCUUCCGACUCGGAAGUACAGGUAAACUUGACAUUAAAACAGAAGUUUUUGAGCAUUCAAAGCUGUGGAAAUAGCCAGCUGCUCAACUGAACCUACAGACACAGGAAAAGAUAGACGAGACAGUAGUCUUUUAACAUUUUAACUUCCAGAAAUUAGUAAUUCAAUGGUGUUGCACAUACUUUUGCUUGGAGGGGGGUGCUACAUAUGUUUGUGCACCUUGGAAAUGAACUGCUAACCUCUUUAGUGAAAUGAAGAAACAGGUCAUUGCAGCUUGAAGAAAGGUGCUCGUUUCAUAGUUCAGAUUUGUUGUAGGGUUAAAGAAAAUAGCCAGGGGGUAUUCCGGUUCCUCAGUUCUGUUCUCAACUUUUGUUUGGAAAUAGCUAUUAAUAGGCUCUAACCUGUUUGAGAUUCAAGAACUGAACAAAUACUUCUUUCUCAUCUUCAAAUAGGCUAGUGCAAGAGAAAUGCAAACAUGUGAAUACAUGACUGGAGUGUAGAUUUUUAUUCUGUUCUUACUAUGACUCCUGAGAAUUGUAAACAGCCUCAUGAUGAGCAUUCUAUGAUUGCAAGGAAUGCCAUUUGCCUGGCAGAAUCUAUGCAGUACGCCUAGCAGAAGGGGACAAAAUAGUGUGUGAGUGAUUUGUUAAGAAAAAGGAUCUGGUCACCUCACCGUUGCAGUAUUGUCCCCCUUUUUUGACUCUUAGACAUCCAGACUCUCUACACAAUGAUAAUUUUCUAAUCAUAUAGACAAAUAGAGUAUUUCAUAGACCCAUAGAAUUAUAAAGUUGGAAAGGAAUCCAAGGGUCAUUUCAAUACAUGCUGGUUGGCACAGGUGGCAGGGUCUAGUGUAGGACCAGCACAGUCUGUGUGGACUGUAGCGAUCACAGUUGUGUCUCGUUGGGCAAAUAUUCUUUUUUCCUGGGACAUUCCCAAAACUCCUGGAGAUGUACUACAGUGCCAAUCCAGAAAAUGCAGGGAGAUGCUGUAUGCAAAUACUCUCUCAGCCAACAUCCCCCAAAGUUUACUGUAUCUUUCUGGACUCUCUCCAGCUUCAUCUCUCUCUCUCUCUCUCACACACACACACACACACACACACACACACACAUACAUACACACAUAUGCAUUUCAUAAGAAUGUAUGGAUUCCCUUAAAAAUCUGUGGCAAAUAAACAUGAAAGUUUACUUUAGCAUGACUUCAGACCUCGCUCCCCAGCAAAUUACCCAGUUCCUGUUUGCAGAGUCGCCAGAGACAGGAGGGGAAACCCUGAGAUCCUGGUUAUUUUUCAGCAGCAGCAAUUUGAUCACCCUAGGAACGCCAUCAUCACUCAUGGUCCCUUUCAUUUGCUGUGAGGUCUUGACCACAGUUUAAGAACCCUUGGCCACAAGCUUUCCUUUCUCAAAAUCACACCACUUCUCUUUCUUACAGUAUUAUAGCUGUGCAGCUCUGAGCAACAUGGCCACAAACUCGCAGCACCAUAAAGCCAUGCUCCAAACCGGUGAUAGGUUUCUUCUGCGGAUGCUCCUUUUCCUUCUGUCUUCAUCUGUGGACAAGGUAAAGCUGUGGAUUAUGCAGGUUUGUUUUACUAACAGCCCCCCUGGUUUAUUCAGAAAUAUUAUUUUGAUACCAGUGGGAUGUAUUUCCAAGUAAGGUAUGCUUAGUACUGCAGGCUAAAUAUCUUGUGUUCAGGGAAAUGACUGAAAAGAUGCUUUCUUCAGCAUGGGGGCGCAAGAAUACACAAAGGCUGGAGUUAGCUAGAUGUGGCAUCUUCCAUGAAUUUCUAAGAGAUCAAACUCAGAAUCUCCUACAGUCAGAGGGGAUUCCAUGUUUAAAUAAUGGUGAGAUCUCUUGGUUCAAUGUUUUCAUUCUCACAGUGAUGGCCUGGGAAUAUAGGGAUGGGCUUUUUCCUAAUCUCUGCCUGGGGAAGAUUGUGAGGUAGUGUGAGGAGUAAAAUUUCACAAUUACAGAUCUUCCCAAACAAAUGCAAAAUUAACUGGAUUGUUCACUAAGGCUGCAUACACACCAUGCAUUUAAAGCACAUGACUUCCCUCAGAGUAUCCUGAGCACUGUACUUUACCCCUCACAGAGCUUCAAUUUGUAGCACUGUUAAACUACAGCUCCAUUAUUCUUUUCUUUUUGGGGGGAUUGUCAUGUGUUUUAAAUAUGUUUUAAAUGCAUGGUGUGUAUGCACCUUAAAUCAAGAGCAAUUUGUUCUUCUGAAAGGCUACACAUCCUUGUACUAUUAGGCACCCAUAAGUGGCGCUUUUUUGAGUAUCUCUCAGAUAUCUAUGGGGCACUUUCACAGUUGGCUUUAAAGGCUUAGUUUUGCCUCAUGUUGCCACAGAGGACAUGCUUACAUUUUAACUUUACCCAUCAUUGACACAUACCGUAUUUUUUGCACCAUAACACUCACUUUUUUCCUCCUAGAAAGUAAGGGGAAAUGUCUGUGCGUGUUAUGGAGCGAAUGCCUGCGGGUGGCGGAGGGGGGGAUCUGCUGCAAUCGUGAGCAGAGGAUCCAUGGUUCCCCUUCCUUCCCUCCUCCGUGGUUACAAAGCAUGGAUCCACAUGGAUCCUCAGGAUUUUUGCAUUGGGCUACUCCAAACUCACUGUCAGAUCACAUGUCUGUGGCCACAGCAUGAACCACAAAAAUCAUAUAUCCACUAUUUCAUUUAGAAUAUUUUUUUUCUUGUUUUCCUCCUCUAAAAACUACGUGCGUGUUAUGGUCUGGUGCGUGUUAUAGAGCGAAAAAUACGGUAAUCCUGUCAGAACAUUUUGGAGGUUUAGCAAGUUUUGCAUGAAGCUGUUGUGGACCAGUCAGCUUUGCAGCCUUUUCACAGCCAAAAGUUGUUUCUCUAUUGUGUUCUGAUUUCUUUGUUUUCUGCAACUAGGUUUCCAACCAGGCUUGUGUCUGUCUCAGGAAUUUAGCCGUGAGUGGUAAGUACUACAGUCCUAGCAUGCUAAUAAAUGAAAAAUUGCAGUCACUUAAAAGAUACAAAAAUAGAACCCCCUCCUUCCUGUGUUUUGUACAGUCUAGCCUCUGGAAGGAAUGUCCUCAAGUCACUCUUUGUUCUUUUAAGUAAGACGAAUACCAUGUUUUGGUUUCAGGCACGUGGAUGGUGUGACUUUUUUUUUUUUUUUGAAAGUUAAUAAACCCUUCAGUUACCAGAGGCUGUGAGAGUGACAGUACUGUUGUUCUAAAGUAUACCAACAAACACGGAUUCAGUUUUUUAGAGAAGGUAACUGCAAACCAAUCCAGCAUUCAGACUGAUGUAAAGAUUAGUAAAACUUGAUUGACCAAUACCUUACAAUGCUCAAGGCACAUUUCUGCCACAGAUGUUCGGGGCGGGGGAGAGAUCAUGUGGAAGUUUUACACCAUCUAUAAAAGGAGAAAAGAGACUGAAGGAGUUGGUGAAAAAUAUCCCUGGCCACUGAGAUUUUUGCUCAUGUGCUUGUAAUGAAAGAUGUGUCUCUGUGUUUCAAAUUGACAAGCAAGAUCAUUAAUAUGGAUUAUAACUACAAAUCCAUACACUUCCUUUUACCAUUUUUAAACUGUCGAUUCUGUGUGGAAAAAGUAGACAAGAAUAUGGACACACACACACACACACACACACAGCUUUUUCUGGGGGGCAGCAGGGGUAUGCAUACCCCUAAACAUUUUGUGAAUCUAAGUUUGGCCUCAUUGAGGGGCAAUAUUUCAAUAGUAUUCCUAUGAAUAGGAAAAUGAGAGUACCCCUAUACACCCCCCCCGAAAAAAGCACUGGUUGGUUUUUUGUGUGUGUGUGUGAGAAAGAGAUCUAAUCCAGUGGUUAUCUAAUCCAGAGGCUGCAGUCAAUCACUUGCGCCUAGCAGCUGAUUUUGAACAACCACAAUCCCAACCAAAGUUACAGAAACACAACUCUCUGUACCCUUUCUAUCAAUUUCAGUCCCCUGAUUCUGAAGUGAAUUCUUUCCAGCAGUGCCUUUCUACAAACAUUUUGCAUUGCUCAAACAUCCUAUUGGUCUGUCUUUCUCCCUUUCUUUUAUGCCAUUGGCCAGAACACAGGUCCAACCCUCUUGUGCAGUUUGGUCUUCAUCUUCUUUUGACUUUUCAUUAAAAUCAGAACCUAAAGUUUAACUUCUAUACUGUCAUAACAUAACAUUGCCUGAUCUGUGAAGUCCAGGUGACUUGAUUGAGUCAGUCUAGAGGAGGCCCCUUUCUCUCACAAAUCCUUUUCUCCAAAGCAGCUUCUAUUGAUCUGCACACAUGACCUUGAACAACCUUCUCAUUUUCCAAACAGAGAGUGGUCAGACCAGCAUCGUUGCUUUGCAGAUCCCGUCUCGCCUGCUCCCUCUCCUGGCAUCUAACAAGAAAGACACUCAGCACAAUUCCAUCAUUCUUCUCCGGAUUUUAUUCCAGCACCCAGACAACCAGGUACACAUUUCUGUUUUAUAUUACCCUUUGCCUUGUAAGCUUUAGUCAAAUGUGCAUGGCCAUAAUGUUCCGAGGCAGCUCAACCUUGAAAGACGACAGUGGACAAAAGUUUCAUCAAAGGUAACACAUUUAAAAUGACAGUUUGACGCGGCCAGGUGAUCAGUAGACAAUAAUUCAAAAUUCAUUCUGAAAAGGCUUCAGCAUGCAUUAGAAAGUGUGGGAUGAUGUGCAUAUCCAGAAAUAAGGUUGGAAAGGGAGCGCUGGGAACAAAUUCUGAUUAUAAUCAUAUUGGGUUCUAAUCUGUCUUCUCGAGAUUCACAUUCUGUAGCAAAUAUCCAUUUGUGGUUGUGAUGGAUGGUAUAGCUGCUUUGGCAUUGGAGAAAAUGUUCUGUGACAGAGGAAAACUGAACAAUUAAUCCUCAGUAGAGAUGUUUAUAUUGUCUUCUGUUGGGUCAGCUUUUCAUCUUGGUUUGCUCAGACUACUUGUUUCAAUGCCCUCCAGCCUGGGGUUGUUUUUUUAAAGACCUUUUCAAGGAUUCCCAUUCUGCUCUGACCUGAAUUCCAAGUGAAGUAGAAAAGGAGCUCUCCAUGGGAACCCCAGCAGGAAAACAAACUGUGGGACAAAGCUAACAUUUCCAACCAAGAUGAACUAAUGUUUCAGUGGUUACCAACACUACACUGUGUUCCUAGGGAAGAAGAAAUCAUUUGUUCUUUGGUGACUUUGGGUUUGGUUGACUUCAUAGCACCUUCAUUCCUUAACAAACGGAAAAGCCCCACAUCUUCAUAAUGUAAACAUGCCUGCAAAAAUGCAUUCGGAUGUGGGAGUGACAUACAAGUCUCAAUAUGGUGGGACACAGGCAUCAAUAAAACGAAUGGAGGUUGUAACAUGGGAGGUUUGUGGUGGAACAGGAAAGUCAAAUCCUGCAUGUGCCAUUGGAUGCACACACACAUUUCAGUAUCAUCUGAUGUGGUUUGGAGGUAGUGGAGGCUCGAUUUCUCUGCAUUGCUGCCGUGAGUUGGGACUGAAACACGAAGAGACAAUUUGUGGAGCUUUUCAUAGUUCUUCAUAAUUGUAGCUCCCAAAUUGCAAUACACUUGUUGCAGUUCAUCCUAAAUGUAAAGAGUUUUAAAAACUUAAAAGCAUAUCUCUUUGAUUCCUUAGUAAUUCAUUCACUCUACUCUUUUUGGUGCCUGCUUAAAAAAAAAAAGCAUGUUUGUUUCAAAAGGCCUGUCUGGACAUGCAGAAUAUUGGCAUGUGUUUUCUGGUUUUAGUUUAUUGCUGAUUUUUAAUUUUUUUAAUGUUUUAAAUACUAGUUUUAAUUGGGGGUUUUUUUACUGAUAAUUUUAUUGUUUUUAUUCUUUUUUUACCCGCUUUGAGCUUUUUAUUAACAAUCAAGUGAUAUAUAUCUAUAUAUCUAUAUCUCAAUCACCCACCUCUAGUCCCAUUCACAGUGGUAUGGUAGAACCAUGUCUCUUCUGCUGCCUUCAUUUCAGCUACUCACUGGCUACCUUUCCCUUUGCAGGAUGCACUGAUGUGUGAUGAAGUGCUGCAGGCGGUAGGGAACCUGCUGCUCGCCUGGAAAAUGGACCCAGUGAUUGUAGGUCACGCUGCCUGCUUUAUUAAAAAUCUCAGCCUUUCCAGAAGCAUAGAGGUGAGUGCCAAGUCUCCCUUUCAGGAUUACACAUUGCUCUGAAGGCUUCACUUCACUGUUUCUCUUACUAAGUGAUAUUAAAAGAAGGUUACCAGAUUUUUUCCCCAAUAAAUCUGGGGACACUUUUCAACUUCAAUGGAUUUUGUAUGGGGACUGAUUUGUAAAUCUGGGGACUGUCCCCGGGAAACAGGGACAUCUGGUAACCUUAUAAUUAAAAUGAAACAUCGUCUUUGCUUCAUUCAAGGGAGUAAAUGACCACGUGUUUCAAAAAGUACACAAGAAAAAUCUUACCAACAAAUAAAAAGCAAGUUGUGACUUUUACUCCUUCAUUGUAGGCUUUUUGGAAAUUUGGCUUUGUUGGUAUACAUGCUUUUUCAACUAGGUUGUUCCUGUUCCUCCUCCUCCUCCUCCUCCUUCAUUAAAUUUGUAUACUGUUCUCCAUUUGAAGACCAUAGGGCAGUUCACAACAUAAAAGUAGAAAAUGAGAACACAAAAUACAUAAUAAAACAAAACCAAAAACCAACCAAUAACACCCCUUCCCACAAACACAUUUAAAAGGCCAUAGAAUUCUCAACCAACCAAAGGCCUGGUUAUAGAGAAACAUUUUUGCCUGGCACCUAAGGAUAUAUAAUGAAGGCACCAGGGAAGCCUCCCCGGGGGGAGCAUUCCACAAACAGGGAGCAACUGCAGAAAAGGCCCAUUCUCAUGUUGCCAUCCUCCAGACCUCUCAUGGAGGAGGCACACAAAGAAGGGCCUUAGAUGAUAAUUGCUCAAGAAAGUGGAAACCCACUGUGUAUGGAUAAAUGUUUGCAGGAAAUAUGCCAUAUAUUCUUGGCUCCUCAUACCAUCUCCCAGAUUGCCUUGUUAUCACACACUUGAUGGCUUCUUGUGAAAUGAAGGCUAUUGUAACACAUAUCAUUGCAGACUUACUCUGUAUUCAUUAAUUUCAAGCACAUCCAUGUAAUUUGAACUCUCCUGGUGGGACAGUCUCAGGGCGUCAUGAUGCAUAACUAGGGCAUUUAAUAGAACAUGCAUUUGCAUAGAUUAAAUCCCCACAGAUGCCUUUGUUGCACACAUUUCUGGGCUUAACACUUGAAUAGGCACAGCCCUGAAGGCCCAAGGCAAACUAAGAGCUUGGCAUCUAUAAUUGCGGGUGGGGGGGGGACACCACAAUUUUCAGAAUGAAUGUAACAACAUCAUCUACUUUUGUUAUUUGCAGAGAGUCAUAGAAAGUCCAUGCAUUGAAGGACUUUUUCAAGCUGUCCAGAGUGUAGACUUUCUAGAAGAGGAAUCUCUUCACUGUGUGAUGUCUUCUCUUGUUGACCUGAUGAAACAUGGUAAGGGGGCAUUCAGAGUGCUGAGUGGAUGGGCUGAGAGCACACACAUUUUGUACUCAUUGAUUUCCGCUGCUGCUGCCAACUUUACAGCACAGUGUUAUGCAUGUCUGCUCAGAAGGAAGUGCUGUAGCCUUUACCUAUGCAAAAGUCAGUGUGCAUAGGGUUGCAGCAACCUUACAAUUUUGGAGCACAGAGGGAACCAAAGGGCAGUCGUAAAAAUCAACAGAUUCCCACAGUCAGUUCUACGUUAUCCCACUGGCUGCAUAGCUACCAGAGCUGCUAAUAGGAGUGAAACACAGCAGACAAGUGAUUUUAAUCCCAACUCAGAGUUGUAUCGGUAACUUAGUGUUGACAUUGCUAGUAAUUUCUCCAGUGCUUCUAGACCAGCAGAGGCAAACAUGGUACCCUCUGGGUGUUUACUAGCUGAAUGUAUGGAAAGGGAGGUAGCAGAGCAGCAGAGCAUCAAAUUUCCCAUCAGUGAAACCCUCCCUAAGGAAUCUUCCCACCUAUAUCUGCUUCUGAACAUUUUAACCCCCCCCCCUCCAUGUAUGUAUUUCAGUCUUCUGAAAUCCAUUUUACUGGCCUCCCAAGCUCUGCUAGUGUCUUUUCAGCCUUGGCCCUAGGCCUGUUCAUUUGUCUCCUUUUAUUUCAACUCUGCUGAUUUAGUCUUUUACACUGCUCUUCUACCACCAGAGGGAGCCACAGUGCGCAUGCUGGAAUUGGUGGAUGACUCCGUGGUAUGCAGUCUGGCGACACUGGCUGGCCAAGUGGAACAAGCAGAGCUUUCGUUCCACGCUGCCCUUGUGAUCAAACACCUCCUACAGCACAGUACGUAUCAAUGUAAAAGAUCUGAUGUUUGCAUUUCCAGCAUGCCUGAUAUCACUCAAGUGACAACAACAGAAGUCCCAUGGGCCCAAACAGGUUGAAUAGCAGGGGAGUACACUGUACUGGUCAGCUUUGACAAAACUUUUAUUUAUUUUCCAAUCCUGCUAAUUCUAGGAUAGUUUUCAGAGAGUUCCCUGGGCUACAAUAGGACUCCCUAAGAUGGUUUUUUUUUUUUUCUGGACUAAGUGGCAGCUGCAUCUAUCAGUUGUCCCACACCAGCAGACUCCUUUGGGCGUAAAGAAUACAUGUUGAGUUCAUGACAGGAGCUUCUGUCUUCCAUGUGUACAUCCUUUUCUCAGUAUUACAUUUCCCUGUUGAAGAUAGCAACACUGCACAAAGCCGCUAAAAUAUUUGUACAUCACUGUGCACCAUAUGAAGUGAUGCUUAAUUUGAAUAACCAGUGAUAACAUAAACUUGAUGUCUCUGUUGAAUGCACAAUAUAACAUUAAAAAAUAACAGCUGUUGUAAGUGUCAGAUUCAGAAUAAUCACAGUGAGUGUAUAUUAUUAUUAUUAUUAUUAUUAUUAUUAUUAUAGCAGCCAAAAUCAUCAAGAAAUCUUAUCAUUCCAAGUUACAAACUUCAACUUUAUGAACCAAACCUGAAGUUUAAGGCUCUAUUCUCCAUGCCAUACUGGCAUUCAUGAUUGGUAUAUAUGAAUUCUGAAUAUUAUUAAUUAGCAUUAUAAAAUCUUUAUUUAUUAAGGUCUCAAGGCAAAUUACAUAGUAAACAAAUAUAAAAAACACAAUAAAAAUGAUCACACUAAACAACUGCCCAAGCAUACAUUUCCCACCAUAAAAUUAUCAUAAGCAUUCCCAAAUUAUGGAUACCAAUUUAUAAUUUGUCAUUCACCCAACAACUUAGUAACAAGAAAACCAAGUAGUGCAUCAGCAAUGUAAUGGGGUAUCAACAUUUUACAGUGCAUGUUUACUCAGAAGAAAUCCCACUUUGUUCAGUGACUUACUCCCAGGUUAAGUGUGUAAAAUGUUGCCUCAUGCAUUCAGUUUUGUAAUUAUUCCUGUCUCCAAAUUAAUUGCACAGAAGAGAUGGUGUCUUUGUUGAAAUCUCAUAUGAGCAAGGUACAGCAAUACCUCAUCAAGUAUCUUAUUCACCAAGAGAAUCGCUUUCAGCAUCUGGGCAUAUCCACUCUCUGCAUAUUACAGAAAGGUAUGGACUGCUGUAUCACUCGCCACAUAACGUCCCAUGGGAUUCCUAUGCUAUGGCAUAACAGCUAAGCUCAUCAGUACUUACCAGAAGCACCGCAGCUAUAAUGCGCAGCUGAGUCCUGCCUGUUUCUGGUAAUGAAAACCAAAGUCCUCCUUUAAAAAAGGUUUGGUGGAAAGUUAAUUGACUCUCAUUUCACUGAGAAUGCAAUCAGAACUUUAUACAGGCUCAUUUGCCGUAUUCAUUACAAGCUUCCUACUGGAACUGAAUCUGUUCUCAUAAUCGCAUAUAUGAAUCCUGGAAACAGCUAUUUACGGUUCUCAUAAAAAAGUGGGGAGCAGUCUUCUUUUUUGGCAUUUUUAAAGAAUCACAGUGGAAAAGUAGUUAUGCAUGCACCUUCCAGCACCAAACAAACCUGACUUACUUUUGUAAAAAAAUGUAUCUGUUAACAUGGAAUGCAAAAUAACUUCCAUGCAUAAAUGUUUGAUAAAUGGCUUAGAUUAUCAUCACACUCUGUGUCUGAAAGUGGGGAAAUACCCCUAGCAAAGAAAGCAGGAGGCAAGAUUCUCAGGAGACAUUGUUGAACAAGUAAACGAUCAAAGGAUGCAUCUAACUUACUCUUGGAAAGUAAUAAAACAACAAGGACUAUAUUAGGGGUGAGUAAUAGAUAACUCCUGUUCUCAAAGUUGGUCAAUUUGGCUUUGAUAUGAAUGUCAGAUUUUUGUAGAUCCAAGCUGAAUGCAAGACAGGAGAACAAACCCUCUCUCCAAUGUUUUGUAUAGUUGUGGACCAGAGCAAGAUGUACACAUAUGACGAGUUGUGCAGGUCUAGAAGUUGAGUUGUUGCUUCCCUAUUUUUUAGAUGCAGAAUUUUCAUCAGCAUUCAACCAGAGCCAACUAAAGAAGCACCUUGACCAAGUCCGUCAACAAACUGCAGAAACACAGGAGCUUCUCAGUAUUGCUAUCAGACAUAUGGACACCUGAAGCCUUGUUCCACCCUAUGCGUUUUGCUCUAGGUGAUGUCGCUCUGGGUGGCUAGCUUGUUGCCUCUGUAUAGGGAGCUGACUCAUAAUGUGGGUGUCUCAGCUUCACGCCAUGGCUGUGGGCAAAUCCACAGCAAGCACAUGCACAAUAGGACUUUUAACUUCCAUAUGGGUGGAAAUUAGGGACCAGUUUACACAGGAAUGUAUUACUGCUCCAUUAUUCAACGCUUGAUGACUCACAGUAGGAUGUGUGGGCAGAUUCUACUAAAAAGCACUGUGCUUGAAGUUUUAUAAAAGGUCUGUUAGUGCUAUUUGAUCCAUGAUGGCUGAUUCAUACAACGCAGCUCAUUAUUUGAUACAUGGAUGGGCCAGGCCUGAGGAUACUUUCACUAUCCUUAGAUGUACAGACUGUAGCAUUGCAUUGUCCUUGUUGAGGCAUUCAUGAACUGUGAGAGCCUAUACUGGUAGACUAAUCUAUCUUGCUCUAGGUUCAGCUCUGACAGCAUGCAAUCCAUUUCACGAGGCAAAUAUCUUCAUGCUGCCUAGGUGUUUCUGGUGGCCUUAAACUCAUCUGCAAGUUGAUGGCAGUCUCGCAUUUCAGAAUACCUGAACCCUAAUUUCACCCCUUCCAGAUGUCCAGUUGUAAAUAAUAAAAUCUUAGCUUUUCAAGUAAAAUUUUAUUAUAUUUUAUUAAAAUCUACAUUUUGAGAAAGAAAUGUGUGUGAAAAGUAUGUAUCAUGCUAGCUGGUACCAUUAUAUAAUGCUACCAAGUCAGCCUAUGUUUAUACAUGAAUGACCAAUCAGUUCUUUCAUUGCCUAAGGAUAUGUUGUGGUGGAACACUUUACAGCUUUUGAGACCUCAGUUUUCAGCAUGAGGAUUUUAGCACAUUAUCCAAAGCAUGAAUUUGUUGGCACAUUUCAGAAAACUGUUUAGCUUUCUCCAGGAUUUAAUUAAAAUAGUAUUCCUUCAGCUUAAAAAAAACAACACACACACACACAACCUGGAUGAUUUUAACCCAAGAGCGACAAAUUCUAGAAAAGCAGUAGAUACCCUAUCCCUAUACACACACACACCAAAAAUACCUGGCAGGAACCAUCUAGACAAUCCUGGAUCACUAGUUUUUAUAACUGCCCCACUAGCAAAUGAGGAGGACUUCACCAGCAUUCAUUUUGAUAUGUCCUAAAGUGAGAAACACAAGUAUCAUCCAUUUAUCUC